AUGGGCGCUGCGGCAGCAAUGGCGGCCCCCAUGUCGUGGAGGAGGCUGGUGUACUCCGUGUACUCGCCGGCCUUGGCCGGGGCUUUCACGCGAAUAUCCGACCGGCUCUUCCGCGCGCGGGAUCGGCGAGGCGGAUCUUCUGUGCUGCUUUUGGCGCCCCUGCUGGCCAAAGCCGCCCCCGCCCCCGAGAACGCCGCCGCAGCGCGAUGCGCGCCGCGCAGCCUCCACGCCCACUUCCGAUGGAUGGCGGAGCACGUGCCGGCGUUCCGGGUCAACGGCGCACGUGUCCGUGUGCUCGCCUCACCUGACCAGUUCUACCAGACUCUGAAGGCACGUGUCAGGACUGCAAAGAGACGAGUGGUUUUGGCCUCCUUGUAUCUGGGAACGGGUCAGCUGGAACAGGACCUGGUGGACUGCGUGCAAGAAGCUUUGGAAAGAUCACAAGAAAACAGCCACACGCCCGACCUUAAAGUCUCCGUGUUGCUGGACUACACGCGAGGCUCUCGAGGGCAGGUGAACUCUAGGACCAUGCUGCUGCCUCUGCUGCGGCGCUUCACCUCGCAAAUGCGGGUGUCCCUGUACCACACGCCCGACCUGAGGGGGCUGCUGAGGUUGCUCGUGCCGCAGCGCUUCAACGAGACCAUCGGCGUGCAACACAUCAAGGUCUACCUGUUUGACGACAGCUUCAUUAUCAGCGGGGCCAAUCUGAGUGACUCCUACUUCACCAACCGGCAGGACCGCUACGUCUUGCUGGAGGACUGCGGCGAGCUCGCAGACUUCUUCUCCGAGCUGGUGGAGGCGGUCGGGGACGUCUCGCUGCAGCUCGGGCCCGACGACUCUGUGGCCAUGCGGGACGGCAUGGUGCACCCGUACAAAGGCGACAGGCAGGACUUCUCGGCGGCGGCGAGCAAGCGCAUCAUGGAGGUGGUGGACGUGGCCCGCGCACGCCAGCAGCUUCUCCUCGGCCGGCACCACCAGAACUCUGAGGAGGAGGAGGAGGAGGACACCUGGGUGUUCCCUCUGGUCCAGAUGAAGCCUCUCGGCAUCCAGGUGGACGAACAGGUCACGCAGCGCCUGCUUCGCGACGCAGACCAGGACUCCACCGUCUACCUGACGUCGGGCUACUUCAACCUGACCCGGGCGUACAUGCGUCUGGUGCUCAGGGCGGGGGCCGGCUACCGCAUCCUCACAGCCUCGCCGGAGGUCAACGGCUUCUUCGGGGCCAAGGGAGUCGCCGGCGCCAUCCCCGACGCCUACACGCACAUCGCCGGGCAGUUCUACGAGCAUGUGCGUCGGCUGGGCCAGCAGGGGCGCAUCAGACUCCACGAGUACCACAGACCAGAGUGGACCUUCCAUGCCAAAGGUCUGUGGUACUACCUCCACGGGCAGGAUCGGCCUUGCCUCACGCUGAUCGGCUCGCCCAAUUUCGGCUACCGCUCAGUUCACCGCGACCUGGAAGCCCAGGUCGCCAUAGUUACUGAGAACGAGCGGUUGCAGGACCAACUACGGGAGGAGCAGGAGAUGUUGUACCAAAGUUCCUCCGAGGUGUCUGGAUCGACGUUCAAGCAGCCGGACCGCCACGUUAAGCUCUGGGUCAAACUGGUCACGCCGUUCAUCAAGAACUUCUUCUGAGGUGGUGAGCAUUGGCCCCGACGCCGUUUGCGCCGACACCGCACGUGAAGAGCACUUCAGUAACCCGGCAUGCUGAAAACCUCCAAAAGAGACUUUUGUGUCCCAGCAGGUGGACACAAAAAAAAGACAGUUUCACGUACACGUUACAUUUCAAAAAGGGUCUUUUUGUUCCGAAGCAAAGAGACUUCAAGAGUGAAUGUUGGACACG